AUGUCUAAGAUCACAGUCGCCGGAGUGCGCCAGAAUAUCCAGCAGCUGCUGGAAUACUCUCAGAAUGAGAAGAAGAGAAACUUCCUCGAGACCGUCGAGCUUCAGAUCGGUCUGAAGAACUACGACCCCCAGCGUGACAAGCGUUUCUCUGGCACCAUCAAGCUGCCUUCCGUUCCUCGCCCCAACAUGACCAUCUGUAUUCUUGGUGACCAGCACGAUCUCGACCGUGCUAAGCACCACGGUAUUGAUGCCAUGUCCACUGAGGAUCUUAAGAAGCUUAACAAGAACAAGAAGCUCAUCAAGAAGCUUGCCCGCAAGUACGAUGCCUUCCUUGCUUCCGAUGGUCUCAUCAAGCAGAUCCCCCGUCUCUUGGGUCCCGGUCUUUCCAAGGCUGGUAAAUUCCCUACCCCCAUCUCUCACGCCGAGGACAUGGCCAACAAGGUCACCGAUGUCAAGUCCACCAUCAAGUUCCAGCUUAAGAAGGUUCUCUGUCUCGGUGUUGCCGUUGGCAACGUUGGCAUGUCUGAGGAUGAGCUGAUUGCCAACGUCAUGUUGGCCAUCAACUACCUUGUCUCCCUCCUCAAGAAGGGCUGGCAGAACGUUGGUAGCCUUGUCCUCAAGGCUUCCAUGUCUCCUCCCAAGCGUCUCUACUAA